UCAAAGCAGGCUUUGCCAAGGCCUUUUGAUCGUUAGGAAUCUUUGAACACACGACUAAUUUCAGUAAAAACCUAACCAAAAUUAACCAAAACGAUGAACAAAUUACCCAAAAUACCCGAGAUUUCCGAGGACGUGAAGGAGCGUUUGGUGAUUGCUCUCGCAUAUGUCGAACAGACUAUCCACUGGGGUUUUGUGCCUUUGGUGCUAUAUCUGGGAUACCGUAAGGGUGCAGAGCCAGGCAUGCCGCCAAUAACCCUGAUGAACAUGUUAGGCUUCUAGAAACUGUCUCUAAGCUCAAGAUACUUGCAUACUAUAAACCUUUAAUCACAUUCUAACGUAAACACUUGCAUGCACUGUUAAACACACUUCAAAUUAGGAUAAAAUGCGCUUCAACCAAUUUGGAACGGCAUUCAGUUCGUGCAAAUAAAAAAUGUAAUAUUCUUUACUGCAAUAAGA